AAAAAUGUUAAAAACCUUUAGGUUUUGUACAGAAUUCACAACCACUCAAUUCCUAAAACUCAGCAAUCUUCAAUUAAGUGUAAAUAGAUUAUAAUAAUCAAUUUCAAGAUAUUGAAUGAUAAGAUUGAAAAUUUUGAGAAUGUGGAAACAUCAUUAUCAGAUGGUGUUCUUAAUGUGAAUUUACCUAAUGGAAAAUCCUUUGUUAUAAAUAGACAGACUCCCAAUAAAUAAUUAUGGUACUCAUCUCCUAUCAGUGGUCCUUAACGAUUCAAUUACAUCAAUGGCAAAUGGCUCAAUGCUAAAUAAGUUGAAAUUGAGAAUUAAUUGCUAAGUGAAAUUAAUUUAUUAAUAUGAA